AUGCAAUAAUAACAAGACAUCGAGCUUAAAUAUUAGGCACCUGAAGAAAAAUUUUAAGAAAUUUUUGAGGACUACUAAGAGGAACAUAAAGAGAAUAUGAUAUUUGAUACAGAUGAACUAACAUCGAUUUACAAUGAGCUUCAAAAGAAGAAGAUAUACUUAACAUCCUACAUUUCACAAGGCGGUAAUGGAUGUGUUUUUGAAGCUAAGUACAAUGAAGAAAUAGUUGCUGUCAAAUGUAGCAAACCUAAAUUUGAAAAAAUCAAAGAAGAAGAAAAAAUAAUGAAACUGUUAAAGGAUACUCCUUAUGUCUUUAAAACUAUCGAAGAGUUUUUAAAUGAAAAAAAAACUAAAUACUAUCAGAUUUCUAAAAAAUACUCAUGCAAUCUUAAAGACAUAAUGUAAAGCUUCUUUGAUUAAAAAAAAACACUACCACUCAACUAAAUAGUUGGUUUUGCUAUUCAGAUGUCAACAGUCUUUGAAAAAAUUUAGUAAAAUAAUCUGAUUCACUCUGACAUUAAACCAGAGAAUAUCCUAUAUGAUAGCUAAGAAAAAUGUUUUAAUCUAUGUGAUUACGGAGAGUCUAAAUCAUUUAAAGAUGGAUCAAAAACUUAUAAUCUAAAAGGAUUUACAAGAAAGUAUGCAGCUCCUGAAAUAAAAGAAGAUAAUGGCUUCUUCAAUAUCAAAUAUGACAUUUAUGGCUUAGGAAUUAUUCUCCUUGAAUUAACCCUUGGAAAGUUUCUUGAAGAUGGAGAUUGUGCUUUUAUCAGAAAUGGAAAGCUACCUAACUAUAUAAGCAAAAACGCUUUAUAUUAAGAUAUUAACUAAAUUAUAAUUAAAAUGCUUGAAAAAACUCCUUAGAAUAGAAUCGAUUCUUUUGGACUAACUAAACAAUUAAAUGAAUUAAGAAUAAAAUUAGAAAGUUAGUUCAUUUAUGCAAUAAAGGACAAAUUGGAUUUUACUGAGUCUAAUUUGAUGAUUUCAAAAUUCAGACAAUCUUUUCUUAAAUUUAACUACACAAGCAAACAAAAUGAAGUCAGAUUAGAUAAGUACGAUUUUAAAGGUUACAGUAAUCUGUCUAAAAUCUAGGAAUGUAUAGCAAAAAGGUUAGUUCAUCACUUAGAUCUUAAAUUCUGGGAUAAUAAUAUAGAUGUUUUAGGUGCAUCAUACUUAGGUUCUGGUUUAAGAAAGUGCAUUAAUCUCAAAAAUUUGAAACUUAAUCUAAAUAAAAAUUAAGUUAAAGCAAUUGGCUAAUUAGCAUUAGGCUAUGAUUUAGGAAAGUGCGCUAAUCUCUCUAAUUUGGCACUUAAUCUUGACACACAAUAAAUUAAUAAAUAAGAUGCCUAAAGCUUAGGUUUUUAUUUAGCAAAGAAAGUUAAUCUCUAAAAUUUGGAACUCAAUAUAUCUAAUAUAAAAAUUGAUGAUAAAGAUGCUUAAGUCUUAGGUUUUUUUUUAGCUGACUGCACUAAUCUCUCAAAUUUGACACUUUAUCUUGGUUGGAACUAAAUUAGUGAUUAGGGUGCAUCAGACUUAGGUUCAGGUUUAGGAAAGUGCCUUAGUCUCUCAAAUUUGACUCUUUACCUGAACAGCAACUAAAUUGGUGCUUAGGGUGCAUCAGACUUAGGUUCAGGUUUAGGAAAGUGCCUUAAUCUUUCAAAUUUGACACUUAACCUGGAUUCAAAUUAAAUUGGUUCUUAAGGUGCAUCAAACUUAUUUUCAAGUUUAGGAAAGUGCCUUAAUCUCUCAAAUUUGACACUUUAGCUUAAUAGCAACUAAAUUGGUGUUUAAGGUGUAUUAGACUUAAGUUCAGGUUUAGGAAAGUGCGUUAAUCUCUUAAAUUUGACUCUUAACCUGAAUUCAAAUUAUAUUAAUGCUUAAGGUGCAUCAGACUUAGGUUCUGGUUUAGAAAAGUGUGUUAAACUCUCAAAUUUGAAGCUUAAUCUUUAGUUUAAUGAAAUUGGUAUUUAAGGUGCAUCAGUCUUAGGUUCAAGUUUAGGAAAAUGCAUUAAUCUCUCAAAUUUGACAAUUAGCCUUUAUUAUUGCUAAAUUGGUCCUUAAGGUGCAUCAGGCUUAUGUUCAGGAUUAGGAAAAUGUGUUAAUCUCUCAAAUUUGACACUUGAUCUUAGAAUUAACAAUAUUGAUACUUAAGGCGCAUCAUACUUAGGUUCUUGUUUAAGAAGGUGCACUAAUCUCAAAAAUUUGAAACUUCAUCUUGAUCGUAAUACAGUCUAGUAAUCAAACUAAUUGAAAGCAAAGUACCUUAAAUCAAAAAGAUUAAUUACCUUAUAAAUAACAUAUGAUUGGUAUUGA